AUCAAUUCAGAGAGGCUUUGUUGAACUUACACAUCACUCAAGGCAGAAACUUCAAAUAUCAUAGGAACUCAGAUCAAAGAAUAAUUGUAGAAUGCAACCAAAAACAUUGCAACUUCUUUAUGGUGGCAGCAGUUAUAAAAGGUGAAACUACUUUUGUAAUUAAGAAGAUGAGAAUUAAGCACACUUGCCCUAUUAGUACAGAGACAACAAGGGUAAGUGCCAAGUGGCUUGCACAGAAGUAUGAGUCACUGUUCAGAUCUGAUCUAACAACUGGCAUUCAGACUUUGAUUGAUGCCUGCAUGGAGAAGUAUGGUGUGGAUGUGCCCAAGUCAAUGGCAUAUAGGGCAAAGAACCUAGCUAUUGAUGCUGUGCUAGGAGACCACAAGAAGCAAUACCCUAGGUUGAAAGACUAUGCUCAGACAGUGAUGGAUACAAACCCUGGGAGUAGAGUAGUAGUCACUACUGUAACUCCAACACCCACUGAAAAAAUCCCCCAUCCAGGUCCAAGAUUCCAUGCUAUGUUCUAUUGCAUCAAUGGAGCAAGGGAGGGGUUUCUCAAGGGGUGCAGACCAUUCAUUGGUGUUGAUGGGUGCUUCAUUAAGUUAACUACUGGUGCUCAACUACUUGCUGCCACUGGUAGAGAUGGCAACAACAAUAUAUACCCACUAGCAUUUGGUAUUGUUGGGCAAGAGGACACACCUAACUGGUGUUGGUUUCUACACCAACUUAAAAUCUGCCUAGGAGGAGAAGUGGGAAGGUUUGGUCCAUAUACAAUAAUGUCAGAUAGACAAAAGGGCCUACUAAAUGCAGUGAAUGCUGUCUUUCCUAAGUGCAACCAAAGGUUCUGCCUUAGGCAUAUCUAUGCAAACUUCCAAAAUGCUGGGUUUAGGGGGGAAGAUCUGAAAAAGUGUAUGGAUAAUGCUGCCUAUGCAUAUAGUGAACACAAAUUUAACAUUGCAAUGAAUGACCUUAGAGCUGAGUGUGAGCAAGCUUGGGAGUGGCUUUGUCAAAUACCCAAGAAAACAUGGGCAAGGCAUGCAUUUGACACAAACUGCAAGACUGACCUUGUAGUUAACAAUUUAUCUGAGGUGUUCAACAAGUAUGUCCUAGAUGUUAGGAAGAAACCAAUUAGGACAAUGUGUGAUGGAAUAAAGGAUAAGCAGAUGGUGAGGUGGCAUAGGAAUAGGGAGAGUGGAAAGAAAGCUAGAUGGGACAUAACACCCCAUUAUAGUGAGAAGCUAGAGGUUGAGAAGGAGAGGGCCAAAUAUUGCAAACCAAUUCAAGCUGGUGUGGACUUGUGGCAAGUUACAAGUGGGCAGCAAACCCAUGCUGUUAACUUGCAAAUGCACACAUGUGGGUGCAGAAAAUGGGACCUAAGUGGCAUCCCAUGUAACCAUGCCAUCUCAGCAAUAAACAAGGCCAAAAGAAAACCAGAGGAUUAUGUCAGCAAGUUCUUCAAGAAAGAAAUUUAUCUGGCAGCUUAUGAACCAAUGAUCUAUCCAGUUCCUGGUGAGCAUGACUGGACAAGGACCCCUGGUCCAGACAUUGACCCACCUGCAUUUAAAGUGAAGAGAGGAAGAAAGAAAGAGAAGAGGAUCAAGGGGAAAUUUGAAGUCCCAAAGCCUAAGGAGACAUCAAGAAUGGGGACUAUAACAUGUGGCAAUUGUGGACUGCAAGGACAUAGGUACACAAGCUGCAACAAGCAGUUGAAGCCUGAGCUGGCUUUGAGGAAGAACAAACAUGUGGUAAUCCUCUAAUAAGUAGUAACAGGU